AUGACGGAGAUGGACCUCCUCAACAUUCUGGAUGAUUUAACAGACAAUGAAUUUGAGAACUUCAAGUGGUCCCUGAAGUAUGAAAAGGUGGGUAACAUCCUACCCAUCAAAGAGAGCCAGCUCGAGAAGGCAGAGAGACGGAACGUGGUGGAUCUGAUGGUGCAGAAAUAUGAAUUUGCUGGAGCUGUGGAAGUCACAAAGAGUGUUUUAAAGAAGAUCAGCAGGAAUGAUCUGGUGACUAAGUUGCCAACCAUCGGCUCAGGAGCAGAAGGUCAGUCACAGGAGGAGACAAACACAGCAUCACAUCCAGACAGCGUAUCUGUGACGAGAACGUUUCCAGACACUGGUAAUGAGCAGGUGGUGUCAUAUGAACAUAAGUUCUGUCUGACUAGGAGAUAUCAACAAGCGGCUGAAGAAUCUGAUGAAACAGGAAGUAAAAUCUUAUUUAACAGCAUCUACACUGAGCAAUACAUCAGAGAGGGAAAGAGUGAAGAGGUUAAUACCCAACAUGAGGUGAGGCAGCUUGAAACAGCUUCCAAGAUGAAGACCCUCAAAGACACUCUAAUCAAGUGUCACGAUAUCUUUAAAGUCUUACCUGACCAAAAAAAACACAUCAUCAAAGUUGUUCUGACGAGUGGCGUCGCUGGUGUUGGAAAAACCUUCUCAGUGCAGAAGUUCACUCUGGACUGGGCAGAGGGCUUGGAAAACCAAGAUAUCAUUCUGCUGAUUCUGUUUCCGUUCAGGGAGCUGAACCUGAUCAAAGAUGAGCAGUACAGUCUGAUCAUGCUGAUCCAUGAAUUCCAUCCAACAUUACAGAAGCUCACAGCAGAGAUGCUCGCUGUCUGGAAAGUUUUGUUCAUCUUUGACGGCCUGGAUGAAAGCAGACUUUCACUGGAUUUCAAGAACAGGAAGGUUGUGUCUGAUGUCACACAGAAGUCAUCAGUCAGUGUGCUCCUAAAAAACCUCAUUGAAGGUAAUCUGCUUCCCCGAGCCCUCAUCUGGAUAACUACUCGACCUGCAGCAGCCAAUCAGAUCCCUCUGACAUUUGUUGACAGAUUAACAGAAGUACGAGGCUUCACUGACGCCCAGAAGGAGGAGUACUUCAGGAAGAGAUUCAGUGAUGAAGAGCAGUCCAGUAGAAUCAUCUCACACAUCAAGACAUCCAGGAGCCUCCACAUCAUGUGUCACAUCCCAGUCUUCUGCUGGAUCACUGCUAGAGUUGUGGAGCAGAUAUUGAUGACAAAUCAGAGAGGAGAACUACCCAAGACCCUGACUGAUCUGUACUCUCACUUCCUGCUUGUUCAGACACAGAGGAAGAAGAACAAGUAUGAUGCGGGACAUGAGACGAGUCCAGAGGUUCAGACAAAGAGGAAGAAGUAUGAUGAGAAACAAGAGACAAGUCCAGAAGAGCUGACGGAGGCUGACAGAGACGUUCUUCUGAAGCUGGCAAGGCUGGCAUUUGAACAUCUUAAGAAAGGAGACAUCAUUUUUUACAAAAAAGACCUGAAGCAGUGUGGUCUUGAUGUCACAGAUGCCAUGUUCUCAGGAGUUUGUACAGAGAUCUUCAAAAGAGAGAAGAUGAUCUACAAGAAAACAGUCUACAGCUUUGUUCAUCUGAGUGUUCAGGAGUUUCUGGCUGCAGUCUACAUGUACCACUGUUACACCAGCAGGAACACAGAGGUACUGGAGGACUUCCUGGGAGAUGUGGAUGAUGAUGAUGACCAAGACAAUGACCAUUACAUAACCCUAGACGCCUUCUUGAGGAGAGCAAUGGAAAAAUCUCUCAGAAGUGAAAAUGGCCACCUGGAUCUGUUUGUUCGCUUCCUUCAUGGCCUCUCUCUGGAGUCCAACCAGAGUCUCUUAGAAGGCCUGCUGGAUCAGACAGAGAACAGUCCUAAAAUAAUCCAGAGAGCCAUCAACAACCUGAAGGAGAAGAAGACCAAAUUCUCUCCUGACAGAAGUAUCAACAUCUUCCACUGUCUGAUGGAGAUGAACGACCACUCAGUAUAUCAGGAGAUCCAAGAGUUCCUGAAGUCAGACAACAAAUCAGAGAAGGAACUCUCUGCCAUCCACUGCUCAGCUCUGGCCUACAUGCUGGAGAUGUCUGAGGAGGUUCUGGAUGAGUUGGACCUGGGAAAGUACAAAACAACAAAGGAGGGACGACGGAGAAUGAUCCCAGCUGUGAGGAACUGCAGAAAGGCUGUGCUUACCAGCUGUGAACUCUCAGAGACUGACUGUGGAGUUGUGGUCUCUGCUCUGAAGUCCAACCCCUCCCACCUGAGAGAGCUGGACUGGAGCUACAGUGAGCUGCGCCAUUCAGAAGUAGAGCUGAUCUCUCCUGGAUUGGAAAGUCCAAACUGUAAACUGGAGACUCUGAGAUUGAGGAACAGCAAUUUGUUCAGCUGUGAUUCUCUGGCCUCAGCUCUGAAGGCCAACCCCUCUCAUCUAGAGGAGCUGGACCUGAGAGACAACGAGCUGUGUGAUUCAGGAGUGGAGCCACUGUGUGAUUUUCUGGAGAGUCCACACAGUAGACUAAAGACUCUGAGAUUGAGUAACUGCAGGUUGUCAGAGAUCAGCUGUGCUUCUCUGACCUCAGCUCUGAAGUCCAACCCCUCCCAUCUUAGAGAGCUGGAUCUGAGUGAAAAUGACUUGCAGGAUUCAGGAGUAAAGUUACUGUGUGACUUCCUGGAGAUUCCACACUGUAAACUAGAGUCUCUGAGUUUGGAGUCAUGCAAAUUGUCAGAGAUCAGUUGUGCUUCUCUGGUCUCAGCUCUGAAGUUCAACCUCUCCCAUCUGAGAAAGCUGGAUCUGAGUGCCAACAAGCUGCAGGAUUCAGGAGUGAAGCUUCUGUGUGAUUUUCUGGAGAAUCUACACUGUAAACUGAAGACUCUGAGAUUGGGUGACUGCAGGUUGUCAGAGAUCAGCUGUGCUUCUCUGGUCUCAGCUCUGAAGUCCAACCCCUCUCAUCUUAGAGAUCUGGAGCUGAGAGGAAAUCGCCUGAAGGAUUCAGGAGUGAAGCUACUGUGUGGUUUUCUGGAGAGUCCACACUGUAGACUGGAGACUUUGGGAUUGAGUUGGGGCAGGUUGUCAGUGAUCAGCUGUGCUUCUCUGGCCUCAGCUCUGAAGUCCAACCCCUCCCAUCUGAGAGAGCUGGAUCUGAGUGUCAAUGACCUGCAGGAUUCAGACAUGAAGCAACUGUGUGAUCUGAAGGAGAGUCCAGACUGCAGACUGGAGACUCUGAGGUCAAUGCUGGAAUGGUGUAGUACCAUUCCGCUGAUUCCUCUGGAAUCAGCGGAAGUGGAAAUGACUCUCAGUGCUGCAGUCUGA